AGCAACCGCGUGAAGGAGGAGGUGUAUGAAGAGGACUACAUGCGCUCUCGCCCCUCGACCCCUAUGUCUUCCCCCCCGACCGCUUUGACCGCCCUGCUGGCGCCCCCCCUCCGCCCAUGGGCCCUGACGCUGCGGAGCCCUUUCCGAGGGAGCCGUGGGGGGCGAUAUAGGCACGAGGGGGGCGCAGGGCGGUACGAGGGGGACAUGUUUGACCACCGGCGGGGAAGGGGGCGGGGGGGCGAGGGGGAAAUUUACGAGAGGAGGAAGGGGGAGGAGGGCCCCAAGGGGCUGGAGAGGUUUGAUGGGGGCGGGGGAGGAGGGUUUAUGGGGCCAGGGGGAGGCACGGGGAUGUUUGAGGAGAGGGGUCCGGUCAUGGAGGGACCCCCCCCCCUCUCAUGCUCAUGGGCGGCCCAGGAGGGCCUUUGGACGGGCCGCCCGUGUUUGACAUGUUUGACGGACCGCCGCCCCCGCUGCCGCCCUUUGGGCCGCCCAUGCCGCCGCACAUGGGAAGAGGCCUGCCGGGGGGCCUGA